ACAAGAUGGAGAAUAAGAAGCCUGCAGGUAUGCUGGGCUCCGGCAAACUCUCAGCCUCGGCGGCCGUAAUGGAGGCAGGGAGCGCUGUAUACACGACAGCGGCCAUAUUGUAGGGGAUAGGUGGCAGGAGGUAUAUGUCUGCCCCUCCAAAACCUUUUAAACCAAGUACAUAUAUUCAGUACCAAGAGGCUCUUAUAGAAAAGAAGAAAAAAGAAAUUGAGGCCAAAGCACAGCAACAAGCCAAGCAGUCUCAACAGAACAACCCAGCUCAAGGCACAAACUCUGCCGCUCCAUCCUCCUCCACGUCAAAUAAAUUUGCAAAUGAUGGCAGCUUUCUACAACAGUUCCUUAAGUUACAAAAAGAAAAGACGGGCACAGAUAAAUCUCCAGCAAGCUCUAGUGGCUGCUCAUCAUCUACGCAGAAAAAACCUCUUCUAAUAGGAAAGCGGCACGGAUCCUCAGUGGAGAGUAUGCUCACCCAAAUGAAAUCCGUAACUCGUGCUAAGCAAACUCCUAAGCUGUGUCGUAGUACUGUCUUUAAGUCUCCUGAGGAAGAUGACGAUGAUGAAGAGGACUAUGAGCAGUGGUUAGAAAUAAAAAUUUCACCCCCAGAGGACUCAGAAACACGCAAAGUGGUGGAGCAGUUGGCUCGAUUUGUAGCUGAAGGGGGCAGAGAGCUGGAAAAAAUGGCAAUGGAAGAUUACAAGGACAAUCCAUCUUUUGGAUUUCUCCAUGAUCAGAACAGCCGAGAGUUCUUGUAUUACAGAAAGAAGAUAGCUGAAUUUAAACAGAAACAGGAAAGUCAAAAACCGAAAACUACAUCAAGUAAAGCCCCAGAAGAUGACGAAACAAAGAUGUUUGCAGAAAAGUUAGCUAGAUUUGUGGCAGAUGGUGGUCCUGAGGUUGAGGCCAUUGCUCUUCAAAAUAAUAGAGAAAAUCCUGCCUUCAGGUUUUUGUAUGACACAAAUGGCAAAGGGUACAAAUAUUAUAAAAUGAAGGUGGAAGAAUUCAGACGAGCCAAGCAGUCAUCAUCUGACAGUCCCACCUUACCAGAUCUUAAGCGUAAAUUAGCCACAGAGGCCAGUCCUACAGUAUCUCGACCCCCUGCUCCCUCGUUCAGUGCUUGCCCACCAACACUGCAGCUGUCCACAGAACAAGCUGCAAAAAAAAAGAGAAAAAGUCGUUGGGGGCCGGAGGAAGAAAAAUUAGAUAUACCUCCUGUAACUGUGAUUAGUGAGACCCCUAAUACCAGCAUUUUAACAGCCCAGGAUCUGAAAGGCUUAGGUUAUGAGAAUGGAAAACCAGUGGGAUUGGUUGGAGUCACAGAGUUGUCAGAUGCACAAAAAAAACAAAUAAAAGAACAGCAGGAGAUGCAGCAAAUGUAUGACUUGAUCAUGAAACACAAGAAGGCCAUGCAGGAUGUGCAGCUCAUGUGGGAAAAGGCUGUGAAACAACAUCAGCAUGACUAUGACAGUGAUGAAGAAGUUGAUGGUGAACUAGGAACCUGGGAACACCAGUUGAGACAAUUGGAAAUGGACAAGACCAGGGAAUGGGCAGAACAGCUAACUGAAAUGGGUCGUGGUAAGCAUUUCAUUGGGGAUUUCUUACCUCCAGAUGAACUAGAGAAAUUUAUGGAAACAUUCAAAGCCCUUAAGGAGGGUCGUGAACCUGACUAUUCAGAAUACAAAGAAUUUAAGAUAACUGUGGAGAACAUAGGAUACCAGAUGCUUAUGAAGAUGGGCUGGAAAGAAGGAGAAGGGUUGGGUUCCGAGGGCCAAGGAAUUAAGAACCCUGUUAACAAAGGCUCAACAGCAGUUGAUGGGGCAGGUUUUGGCAUAGAUCGCCCAGCAGAGUUAUCGAAAAGUGAUGAUGAAUAUGAAGCGUUUCGGAAGAGAAUGAUGUUGGCUUAUCGCUUCCGGCCCAAUCCACUGAAUAACCCAAGACGCCCCUACUACUAGUGGGUUGAUGACAUCUGUUUCAUACCGUGAGAUUGUCUUGCAAGAACACUUUGCUUGGUCAGAUAUAUGUACUGUGUUAAUCCUAUUUGCAGGUGGCAAUGAAUUGUUUGUCACUUCGUACACAAAACAAUCAUCUGUUCUGCUUAUGACUUACACCCACUCAUACCUUAGUUUCCCUUUCACAGAAAACUGUUCAAUGAAAACAUAGGUUUAAUAAAUGUUUUUAACCCAG